GCAGGGGAGAGGCGGCCCGAUGGGGCGGCCGGCCGGCAGCCUGGCCCCGCUCCGGCUGCUGCUGCUGCUGGCGCUGGGGCACGCCUGGACCUACCGGGAGGAGCCACAGGACGGCGACAGGGAGGUUUGCUCCGAGAACAAAAUCGCCACCACCCGCUACCCCUGCCUGAAGCCCACGGGCGAGCUCACCACCUGCUUCAGGAAAAAAUGCUGUAAGGGUUAUAAGUUUGUUCUUGGACAGUGCAUCCCUGAAGACUAUGAUGUUUGUGCUGAAGCUCCCUGCGAACAGCAGUGCACAGAUAACUUUGGGCGAGUCUUAUGCACUUGCUAUCCUGGGUACCGCUAUGAUCGGGAGAGGCACAGGAACAGAGAGAAGCCGUACUGCCUAGAUAUCGACGAGUGUGCCGCAAGCAACGGGACGCUGUGCUCUCAGAUCUGUGUCAACACCAUGGGCAGCUACAGGUGUGAGUGUCACGAAGGCUACACCCGGGAGGAGGAUGGCAAGACGUGCACCAAAGGAGAUAAAGCUGGGCUUCCUGAGAAGUCUGAAAAUGUGGCAAAACAGGGGACAUGCUGUGCCUCUUGCAAGGAAUUUCAUCAAAUAAAGCAGACGGUUUUACAACUGAAGCAAAAGGUUGCUUUGCUACCAAAUAAUGCUGCUGAUCUUAGCAAGCAAAUCACUGGUGAAAAAGUGCUUGCAUCUAAUGCAUAUAUCCCUGGCCCCCCAGGCCAGCCUGGCCAACAAGGCCCUCCAGGGGCUCCAGGACCAAAAGGGAGUCAAGGAGUUCCUGGGUCACCUGGACCUCCUGGACAGCCAGGCCCUCGUGGAUCAAUGGGACCGAUGGGCCCAUCUCCAGACAUAUCACAUAUUAAGCAGGGCAGACGGGGCCCCGUGGGCCCACCAGGAGCCCCAGGGAGAGAUGGUAGCAAGGGGGAGCGAGGAGCACCAGGACCAAAGGGGAUACCUGGCCCACCAGGUUCAUUUGAUUUCCUAUUGCUGAUGAUGGCAGACAUCAGAAACGACAUUGCUGAGCUGCAAGAGAGAGUGUUUGGACACAGGACUCAUUCAUCAACAGAGGAGUUUCCAUUACCUCAGGAAUUUACAAACUAUCAUGACACAGUAGAUUUUGGAUCUGGAGAAGACUACAAACCACGGGCAGCACCCAGAGACUCCAGGAUACAGAAGGCAGCCCGUCCUUAGCUAUGCCUACUGAAAAAUAGAGCCCCUUUAGAGUUCUUCAAUAUAAAAAUGCACUGACAAUGUAAAAUAUAUAUAUAUAUUUCCCAGUUUUCUCUCUGCUUUUCCCCAACCAUGCUGCCUGUACUGUAGCUUUCCUGGUUCAUGGUGGCCUCCUUGCAGUAACUGCAUACCGUCAAGCCUGCACUGUGUGUUGUACCUAGACUAUCAAGAAAACCUUAGUAUAUAAUAUGAUUAAGGCAUGCUCUGGCUAAUGGCACAGACCACAGUGUUUCAUCUGCCUGCCUUGCUUUCUAUGUCCAAAUAACCCAGUACCUGAAUUUUGCCAGGGGUAGAGGGGUAGCUGAACAUCAUCCCUGAAUGAUGUCAUUAAUGAAAACCUUGGUCCACAGUUACUUUAUACAUGUAAAUAUAUUAUACCACUGAACUCAAGUCUCCAGGUACUGUCCCCAGGCUUAGGAGAGAGUGAAAAGGGGAUCCCUGUUUCACAGCAGAGGCCAGCUGUAAGUGAAAUGUCUUCUUCUAUUAUGCCACAUCAUGGCAGGAAAAGGCAAAAAAAAAUACAGUGAAGCUGUGAUACAAGAGUGCUGCUUCUUGAUCUGGAAAUUAUUUGGCUUUGUGUUGCUACAGUAUCAUUCAAAGAGAGUUCGAAAAGAUGUUUGUCCUAAACUAACACUACUUUUCCCUUACCAUUCUCACACUGCCCAGUUUGAAGGCCAGUUCCCUUCCUCAACAGAUUCACGCUGGAUACAUUACACAAAGAUGAGCAAGAGAACAGGGGAUAUAUAAAGCAGCAAAACCAAGCAAAAAUUAAUCAAGUAGGCUUAUUGGCAAGCAUAAAAUCAAUCCCAGCCUUGCAGAAAGAGUCGGAUUCUGAUCUCUUGUAGGUGCAUGUCUUCCUUGGUGAAAUGCUGAAGUCCAAGAGAAAUCAAGACCAGAGAGAGGCCUCAUGUUUGCAAAGAGCUUCCAUCUGUUUUGCUCCUCUGCUGCAUGAGGGCAACCUAAAUGGCAGUCACAGAACUGGAACACAGAGUUGCAGUGUAUUUGGCUGGGUAUAUGAGGAGUAUGAGUAGGUGCAAAAGUGCACAUGACAAAACAUUUCAACUGGUAUGAGGAUGGCUUAAGGUGAGGUACUGCACACGGGAUCCUAUAUGAUGAAAGGGAGUGCCCUUUUUUUACACUGGAAAAUUGGAUGCACAAGUUAGACCAUACCUCAUGGAUGAUGUAUGUUACCAUUUCUUUUGGAUUACCACAGCUGCUGAGGACUUUGCCAUGCUUAGAAGAUAAAGGAAUAUAUUAAGCACAAAACUUUAAUUUUAUAUCUGUGUAGCUGCUACUUCUACAGUAUGUUUAGUGCUGGGUCAUGUCCAUGUUACAAAUGCAGAGAAAAACUUCUUAUUUUGCCAUGUCUUUCAGGGUUUGCAUAUUCCAAUAGAAUAAAUACAGGUAAAAAUAUAAGCAGGCCCUUUUCAGAUAACCCAUAAAGGUUUGGAUUUCCUUCCAUAUUCUCUGGGCCAAAAGAUAGUUGGUGUAAUCCCUACACCACCAGUACAGGUCACAUUGUAUAAACAGCUGGUUGUCUAGACCUUUCAUAUUGUUUGUAUAUUAUCUUAAGAGGAUGCAUUCAUUCCUGUGAUUGUUUCCCAACUCCUUGCUAUCACUAUGCCACAAGCAAGGGCAUUAGCUUUAAGAACGUUAAUGUUCUGUACUCCUCUUCACGUUAUAUGUGCAUCAAUAUUUACAAAGCAAUGACUAAGUCACUGGGGUAGCUCAGAAAAAAUGAUAGUGCUCUCACCCUGUGGUCUUUGGGCUUCUCCUCAGGGAGGAGCUCUGGCAGCAGCUGCAGAUCCAAGUAGUCUUGUGAACCAGGUAAUAAGGAAAUCAGUGAGACUUGGGGAAGGAAUUUGUGGCCAAAAGAGGUAUGGUCUUAUACGCAGCAGACUGAAAGAAACCUCUAAGACAGCACAAACUGAGGCACUUAUGUCUUAUUUUCUUAAUUUCAAGCAGGCAACUAGGUAUAACUUCGUUCAUGAAUAUGCAAUUUGUUAAAUGCCAAAUGUUGUAUUUGUAACUCUUGCAAAUUAUAUAACUCUUGCAUAUAUUUACCACCACACCCCAUCACCUGCUGGAUCAGGUUGAUUCCCACGAUAGAAUUAAUAGCUGCAGGUUUUUUGACCAUCAGAUACUGAAUAAUGAGUUAAGACGAGUUACUUCCUACAUACCAACUAAAUUCUAUUGCCCCCUACCCACAAGAAGAUGUCUUCUAAAACAGGCACUUACUUUAGUUCUAAGCUCUGCUUUUCCAAAUACAGACAAAUAACCAAAUGAGAAGUUCCUACAGUUUGACCAUCAAAUUCAGGGGUAGGUGACAAUCACCCUGCUGUGCAUAAGUAUCCAGGGAAGGGAAAUUCUGAGACUGGACCAGAAAAGUAGGUAAAAUACAUGGUUCACUGUAAGUAUAGAAAGCUGUCCUACAGUCUCAUGAACAUAAAAUAUGGCACAUGUUUAAAUGCCCUUCUGAAUGGAAACCUCAGUAACUUCCCUUUCUGGAGUCUGCGUCACUGGUUUUCACAGCCUAGAGCUGGGUUUCCAACAGACGUGCUUACUCCAUAAAAAAACAGAAAAGGAAAGUGGGUUUGUCCUUGUGCUUCACCCUCCUUUUUCCAGGCUCCCUGCCCUAAAGCUGUUGGCUAAGUCCCAGCAGCAAGGAGGGGACACUAUGGUAAAGAUAAGUCCACCAGACAUGACACAGGAAUUCCUCCACCAGGGAGAGCCCCUCUGAGCACAGCCUUCUGUCUGCGCCUGGCUAAGAUCUUUGCAUAGACCUUUCUCAUUUUAUUUCUGAUUAUUUGUAUGAUAGCUUUCAUAACACAUUGUAUCAGAAACAUUUCAUUCAGAUUUCUGGAUAAACACAUAAAGACAUUCAGAUAGAAAAGUGACCUUUUUUUCCAGUAUACCCAAAGUUUUAUAAAGCUAGAGCAGAGGAAUCAUUUCGAAUCUUAAGCUUCAUUACCGAGUAGGCAGGGAAGUCAUUACCUUGUAAAUUAUUUCUCUGUGGCUCCAAAAAUAACUCCCCCAAGAAUCAAAAAUAAUAAUGUAGAAACAUCUACACUUAUGCUUAGUUUCAUUACUAGGCUCAUGCACAUGACAACUUUGUUUCAUAUAAAUACUAUGUAUAAUUUUAUUAGAAAGAAAUAUAAUUUUGAUGUUAAGACAUCAAGUUAUAAGCAGAAGGAUAAUAAAGAGUUUGUUAUUUUAUUAAUAUUAGAAAUAUAUUUAAUGGAAACAUUUGCAAGAGUGUGCAGUGAUGGGAAAAUGCUGAUUGUUAAUGGAAAUUGGUAAUUGGAAAAGGUUUUCUUUCCACACCGUGCCAAGUACAUACAGGAUUAGUCUUUCUUGCAAAGCUGGAACACUGACAGAGAAGAAUUUUUAUAUAGUCACGCUAAAAAAAGGAGAGGAAAAUUGAUUGUAAAUGGAAUUUAAGAUAAUGCCUGGAGUUAUUGUUGGCGUCACAGCUUGAGUAACCUUUUUCCUGGAAGUAUUUCAGAGUUAAUACGCUAAGCCCCAGAGAAGCAAAAAAAGAUGGGGCAUGGGGGUUGGGGGUGUCCCAGAAUAUGUUAAUUUCACAUUAAAAUCCGUAUGUUUGUUCCUAUUACACAUUCCAAUAACUAUGCUGUUCACUUUAUUUAUAUAUGAAAUACUAAAAACUGUGUAAAAUGAUGGGGAUUUUAUGAUGUAUUCAUAAUAACAAAGAUAUUUUUUCUUA